GCAUCAAACUCUUUCAGGAGGUCAUGAUCUCCUUGGGAUUUCCACAAAAUGCCCGAGGUUUGUUCGAACAGUGGAAGAAGGUGAUGCAACCGGAAGCCGAGCCAGAUGAGGCUGAGGCGAAAGACAAGGACAAAAAGAAAGGCGGCAAGGACGACAAGAAGGACAAAAAGAAGGAUGGAAAGGACAAGAAAGAUGAUAAAAAGGACCAAAAAGGCAAGAAGGACGACAAGAAGAACGACAAG